AUGUCUUUGCCCCCAACGAAAUCAGCUCUCGUUGGUGGCAAAGUCAUAGACAAGUAUGAAUUCAACAGAACAUACCACGGUAUUGCGAUAUCCGAACAAUGGCAAGCCUGGGAGACGGCGCACUUCUUCCGCGUCAGGUCCAUUAUUGAGAAUCCGACCGUAGGCGCGCGGCUUAUUUCCUACGGCUGUAACAAUGGUGAUGGUAGUUCACUCAACUGUACGAAGACAUGUUCGAACGCAACGCUUAUGUACAGUUCACCCGAGAACCUGUGGAACUGUAUGACGCUCGCGACGUUGGGGAUGUUAGUCGGUCCUGGGAAUGAUACGAUUGACCGCGAGAGUGAGAAGAAGAUGGAUGAGAAGUUUCAUUUUGGAACUGUUGAGAAGUUCAAUUCCUUGAAUGUAUUUCGGAAGGUCAGAGACUGCGCUUGGGCUUCUUGUUCUGACUCUACGUACGGCAGCUGUCCUGUUUCACCGAAUAAUAUCGCCAAGUUUGGGAGAGUUAUGGCAAAGCCCUAUUGUCAGGCUGCAAGUGCCGGUAUCGAUUUGGACAUCGCUGGACAAGGUAUCGUCACGGCAUAUGUCAUCCAGCUCGUCCUUGUCCUUUUCCUCGGCCUGUGCUUCAAACUCACAACGUCCUGGAUCCGAACCUUUGGCCGCAUGAGUAGCUCAUUUCAAAAGGACUCUGUAUUCCGAGAGACAUGCCAAAGGUGGCAGACAACACUGUCUGAAACACGCUUCGCAAAAGCUGCGUCCUCCGCCAUGCUCGACUUUCAAGAAUCACAAGCCUUGUUCGCUGCUACCAUCUCGAUCACAGCCAUCAUCACAUUUGAUGGCGGAAAUAGAGCAGGUUUGGCAAACAUGCUUACACUCUUCUCGUGGAUGUUCAACCAUCGCAUACUACAGGGCCUGAUCACAGCAGGCAUGUACCCAGUACUGAUGGCACAGCUCGUCAUGCAUCGAGCUGGAGAGCGCCGCUUCUAUACCCUAUUCUUUGUUGUCUUAUCUUGGAUACUGAUGACUGUCAUCACAAAGUUUCAGGAUUUCAACGCCGAUGCAUUCGAGGAACACUUGAAGCAGGUUUCGACCGUAGAUGCUUGCGGAGGUAACCCCGGGCCGAUGAGCUUUUGUCAGGGCAUCAAGGAAAAGAACAGCUAUGACUUUUUUAACCUUACUCUUGCAUGUCGUUUUACGGUUCACAUAAUUGUGUCAUGCCUUAUCAUCGACUGGAUUCUGCAUUUUACCAAGACAAGAAUGACCGGAGAUAAAGUCAAGUAUACGCAAAUCGGCGGAGAGUCUCGGACAAUCUUCUCAUUCGCAGAGACCAAAGGGGCCAGACUCUCACUGGGAGUCUUCUGGGCUGCGAUAGAACUGCUCACAGUUAUUAUGAUCUUCAUUGGCUUGCGUGAGAUGGUCGAACUUCUUGACAUGCACUCAGCCGAUGGGGGUCUGUCGACAUGGGGCUUUGGACAGCUUGUCGCCGUAGCUAUCUGGUUCCCGGUGAUGAUCAAGUUUAUUUGCCUCAGUAUCUUUGGACCCAGGAAAGAGAUCAAGCAGAAAGACAACCCGGGCAAGCCGCAGGUAUUGGAGAUGGUUAGCUACCCACACAACAAAGCGGACAACACAGCAUCUAGUUCUGCAUAA